GUUCGUGACAGAAAUAAUGGACCUUUGCUAGUCGCAAGGUUGAGAAUGUCACAAGUCGGAAUACGGAUCCCACAGGAACCCUAUGUUUGAGAUUUGUUGCCCUAAACAACCAUGUAAACAAUGCGUAAUCAAGUUUAGUUUUUAACGCACAAGCCACGCUCGGUGUUGAUUUACGAUAAGAGAUAAGUAAUUCACAUUUGGUUUCAUAAUAACCUCCCAAGCCAACCUUGCGUCUGAGGCUCGCUUUGACCAAAAGAAAAUCAAAGUAUUACAGAAAGUUAGUGUUGACGUCAUCAUUUCGAAGAUCUGGCAGAACUAGGAUAUUCAAGCUGCCAAUGUGGCCAAUCAGCUGAUGGCUUACAUUCAGAGUAGCAUCCUACCCGUGGUAUGUAUCCAUGUUAUGGGCCGAAUGGUGCGAUGGACUCCUCGGCAGGUGCUGGGGACCGUGGGACUGACGUUGUUCAUGACGUGGUUUCUGCUGGCAAUUACAGUGAAGAACACAACACCAACAGCCACGUACCAUCCAGGAACACCCACUAAAGACAUUGUGGAGUUCUUCCAUAUACAAAGAGACCAAUACUUUAAUCUUCAUCAGUAUUCCUUUUCGAUAAACAGUCGCCAAUGCGAACGCGAUGACACUGAUGUUUUGAUAAUCGUCCAUUCCAAGCCGGACUUCUUCGAGAAAAGAAUGGUCAUCCGGGAAACGUUCGGCUCAGCGAAUCGUGUAGAUGACACACCGCUUUCUAUAGUGUUUAUGUUAGGAAGGGUAACUAACCACACCCUACAAGAGCAACUCCAGCAAGAAGCCUACGACUAUGGCGACAUGGUCCAAGGGAACUUCAUCGACCACUACAAGAAUAUGACCCACAAACACGUGAUGGCGAUGCAUUGGGUGGGAGGACACUGCAACCGCGCCAAGGUCAUUGUCAAGAUAGACGAUGACGUCAUCGUCAACCCAUACAAUCUCGUCCACUACAUCAAGAGGACAUCAAAACAUCAUAAUACUAUUCAUGGUAUUGUCUUAAACAGCGAACAACCUUUCAGAAACCCCCAAGCAAAGUAUUACAUCCCGUAUGCGCAGUACCCAUUUGACACACUUCCGGAAUACUGCCCGGGGUUUGCUUAUAUCACAACGCCUGAUGUGUACCGGAAGUUACACGAGGUAUCACGUGACGUUCGGUAUCUCAAUAUGGACGACGUGUAUGUAACAGGUGUUCUUGCUCUGAAAGCAGGUGUGAACAAAAUUGGCAUUGAGAAGAUGAUGUUUGAUUGUGGGCGUUCGAAACGGAAGUUGUAUUCGCUAAGUUCCUAUAUAUUCGUGCUUAACGAGGAUGGUGCCUGCAAACUUGAUCCCCACGUGCUAUGGAGUGACGUCAAAGAGAAGUGAUUGUUACUCAUGUUAUUUGACUGAUUUAAAUUGUGUCAAUUGACCGAGAAGUUCUCGCGAUGACUCAGUUUAAACUCAUGUUGAAAGGUUAACUGCAAUCUCUUCUGUGUUCAUAUAUCUUAUUGUAUGUGUUCUAUCGUCUUGUCGUUUGUAUAAUUUAUCAUUUGUGUGUUUUCAUAUGUAUGGUAUAUUUUCUGUCGAGUGUUUCUUUCUGUUUUGUGAUUUGACAUCAAGUAAACAAUGGCAACUGAGGUUUCAAGAACGCCACAGUAGAUCUCGGAAACUACGUCCACAUGAAUUGUAAAAUAUAUGUAUAAUCAUUAUGUUCAGGGGAAACAUGUUCAACACUCUUGCCAAAUUACGUGGGUAAUUUCAAUUUAAACAAAGGACUGACACUGACCCUGACCCUGACCCUGACCCUGACGAGGAGAUUUGAGUUCGUAUCUUUUGUAUGCUUCAUUAUUUCUUCUGUCUCAAGGGUGUAGGAAUUACCAUAUGUUGAUGAUCUGCUCCUAAGCGAGAGCUCUGAGCGUAAACCUCUUGUAAAUGCAUGGAAGACGGCCCCUCUGUGUCACAACAAAUUAAGUACGUCCUCUCCGUAAAAACCUGUCUCAAAUCCUUAACAAGAUAUUUAUUUGUGUUUCUAUGAACGGGAACAAUUUAAAAUUAUAUAUAAUUUGAAACCGCUGUUUGAGCUAUUGUUCCAUCAGAAAAUGUUAAUUUGACACUAGCAAGAAAAUAUGUCGUCUUUUUUUCAUUUAAGCUCCCAUAUCCCACAUCCAUCCGUCAAGAAAGGGGGUAAUUCGCGGUCGUCAUCCGACUAAUCUUUUUUAUCUCAUAAUAUCAUUCACAAAAAAAAGAACAUUAAUUUUGUUGUCGCCAUUGUUAUAUUUUAUAUGCCGUCACUGGCUAUGAUGAAUAUUGUUCCAUUAUCAUUAGUAUUUAAGACUUAGGAAGUAUGGGUUUCAAAUCUCUAGCUAUGACGUAGCAGUAUCGUGACUGACGUGAAUUAUUCAAGGGGGUCGUAAUCAAUUACUAUCAAACAGACGUUCAUACAUACAGAUAAAAAUGAUCCUAUCCCUGUCAACUUGUAGAUAUAGGUAGAACUUCCUCGUGUCGAGGAUCUCCACGACAGGUAGGCCACGACAAGUAGAUAGUUGUUUCCGGAUUUUCAUCCAUUUGAUUACAAAUCAGUAAAUUACUUUUUAUUGUAUUUUUUUCUAAUGACAGGGUUUACACUGUUGCCCAUUAUAAAAGAAUCUCUGCUAAAAGCAGACGUCAUGCCUUUGUGUAAAAUUUAUACAUUAUUUCUAAAAGCAAUAGUCAUACCUUGUAAAUUAAUACAUAACUUCUAAAAGCAAAAGUCAUACCUUUGUAAAUUAAUACAUAACUUCUCAAAGAAAAAGUCAUACCUUUGUAAAUUAAUACAUAACUUCUCAAAGAAAAAGUCAUACCUUUGUAAAUUAAUACAUAACUUCUCAAAGCAAAAGUCAUACCUUUGUAAAUUAAUACAGAACUUCUCAAAGCAAAAGUCAUACCUUUGUGUAAUUAAUACUUUAUUCCUGUCAUUUUUAUAUUGAUCACUAAACGUAAGUAACAGACGGGUAAAGCCUUGUUUGUAUAGUGGAAUUCAACCUCGCUAAGACUGCCCAUUGAAUCCAGCCACAAACGUACAGUCGCAUUUGUGGUGGCCUUACCCGAUUUUCAUUGAUCCUAGUUGAUAAAUACACACGACACAGGCGGGAUUGAAAAUGCAAUCUGUUGUAUUUACCCUUGUAUCAGUGUGCUCUGUCCAUGUCAAGAGGGCUAGACGCCGUGUGUGGGUGCUUCAGUCACAUAAUCCAUAACCCACUGCUAGCAUUCCUGUUUCGUCAGUCUAAUAACAAACUUUUGAGAAGGAAAUAAAUUAUUCCCAAAAAGUUGAGAAUGCAACUGAAAAAUCUGCUCUCCGGGGAAUUAGCACUCAUUUGAUGAUUGGAUAAGAGGCGAUUUGUACCAUGUCUUGGAAAUGAUGGAAAUUAUAUACUUCUUGGGGAAUAAAUGUAUAUCUUGAUACAUAAUGUACAUGCUUUUCUUACAGAGUAAUAUAAUUUGAGUGGACGGUGUACUUGUGGAAAGGAUGUUCUGGCAAUGAUAUAGUUCUUGUGGCAUAAUGUAUGGGAGAAUGGUGUACUUCUAUGAUGUUAUGGAGACAAUGAAGGCUUCGAGAAGAACAUGCAAGUUCGACAUUGACGAGCCUGUUUUCACUAUGUCGAAGUAAACGGUGUUAUAUACAAGAACGUACCAGCUAGACCUGUUUCAGUAGUCGAAUUCUUAUGACUGAAAUUAAUACUUCAAACUGUUCAUGAAAUAGAAAAUCUAAAAGAAAUCCCAUAUGUUAGCGGCGAUUAUUCUCCUACACAAAAAGGGCGGUUCCAUCAUUUUGCAAUAGGUACGAAUAAGAUAGUAAAAUCAUGCUGGCCUUGAUCAAAUGUAUCCUACUAGCUAUGCCAUUUCCCAUGUAGCCUACUGGUUAUAUAACUGCCCAUUCUGGCCUACAUUUUGGGUGAUUGUCCAUUUGGGGUAGUGAUUAUUGAGUUCUUGUCCAUGUGGCAUACUGAUUUCAAUAUGGGCGUCAUAUAACUGUCAACGUGUUCUACUGGUUAUAUGAUUGUCCAUGUGGCCUACUGGUAAGUUGACUGUCCACGUGGCCUACUGGUUUAUAUGAUUAUCCACGUGGCCUACUGGUUAUAUGAUUGUUAAUGUGACAAACUGUUUAUAUAACUGUCCAUGUGGCCUACUGGAUAGAUGAUUGUCCAUGUGGCCUACUGGGUAGUUGACUGUCCACGUGGCCUACCGGUGAUGAGAUUGUCCAUGUGGCCUACUGGUUAUAUUAUUGCCCAUGUGAUCAACUUGUGAUGAGAUUUUCUAUCUGACCUAUUGGUUUAUAUGAUUGUCCUACUGUUUUUCAUAACUGUCCAUGUAAUCUACUGGUUAUAUGAUUGUCCGUGUGGCCUACUGGUGAUGAUAUUGUCCAUGUGGCCUACUGGAUAUAUUAUUGUCCAUGUGAUCUACUUGUGAUGAGAUUUUGUAUCUGACCUAUUGGUUAUAUGAUUGUCUUACUGUCUGUUUUCAUAACUGUCAAUGUAAUCUACUGAUUAUAUGAUUGUCCGUGUGACCUACAGGUUAUAUAAUUGUCCGCGUGGCCUACUGGUUAUGUAAGCGUCCAUGUGGCCUACUGGUUGUAUGAUUCUCCAUGUGGCCUACUGGUUAUAUGACUGUCCAUGUGUUCUACUGGUAAUAUGAUUGUCCAUGUGGCCUACUGGUGAUGAGAUUGUCCAUAUAGCCUACAGGUUAUAUAAUUGUCCGCGUGGCCCACUGGUAAUAUAAUUGUCCAUGUGGCCUACUGGUGAUGAGAUUUACCAUGUGGCCUACUGGUGAUGAGAUUGACUUAUUAGUUAUAUAACUGUCCAAAUGGCCUACUGGUUAUAUAACUGUCCAAAUGGCCUACUGGUUAUAUAACUGUCCAAAUGGCCUACUGGUGAUGAGAUUGACCAUGUGGCCUACUGGUUAUAUGACUGUCCAAAUGGCCUACUGGUUAUAUAACUGUCUUGGUGAGCCUACUGGUGAUGAGAAUGACCAUGUUGCCUACUGGUUAUAUGACUUUCCAAGUGGCCAACUGGUGAUGAGAUUGUCCAAAUGGCCAACUGGUGAUGAGAUUGACCAUGUGGCCAACUGGUUAUAUGACCGUCUAUGUGGCCUACUGGUUAUAUGACCGUCUAUGUGGCCUACUGGUUAUAUGACUUUCCAAGUGAUUUACUGGUUAUAUGACCGUCUAUGUGGCCUACUGGUUAUAUGACUUUCCAAGUGACUUACUGGUUAUAUGACCGUCUAUGUGGCCUACUGGUUAUAUGACUUUCCAAGUGAUUUACUGGUUAUAUGACCGUCUAUGUGGCCUACUGGUUAUAUGACUUUCCAAGUGGCUUACUGGUUAUAUGACCGUCUAUGUGGCCUACUGGUUAUAUGACGUUCCAAGUGACUUACUGGUUAUAUGACCGUCUAUGUGGCCUACUGGUUAUAUCACUUUCCAAGUGACUUACUGGUUAUAUGACCGUCUAUGUGGCCUACUGGUUAUAUGACUUUCCAAGUGACUUACUGGUUAUAUGACCGUCUAUGUGGCCUACUGGUUAUAUGACCGUCUAUGUGGCCUACUGGUUAUAUGACCGUCUAUAAGGCCUACUGGUUAUAUGAGUGUCUAUGUGGCCCACUGGUUAUAUGAUUGUCUAUGUGGCCUACUGGUUAUAUGAUUGUCUAUGUGGCCUACUGGGUAUAUGACCGUCUAUGUUGCCUACUGGUUAUAUGACCGUCUAUGUGGCCUACUGGUUAUAUGAUUGUCUAUGUGGCCCACUGGUUAUAUGAUUGUCUAUGUGGCCUACUGGUUAUAUGACCGUCUAUGUGGCCUACUGGUUAUAUGACUGUCCAAGUGGUCUACUGGUUAUAUAACUGUCUUGGUGAGCCUACUGGUGAUGAGAAUGACCAUGAUGAAAUAUAUUGCCUAAUUGGGAUACGGGGAUUUCUAGGGGAAAGCGGUUGGUAGGGGUUCAGACACAUUCAAUCGAAACAUAAUCGGUUUGUUUUUUUGGCUUUCGUAAAAGGUAUUCCAUUUCAUUUUAAAGAGUAAAAGAAACGUUGCAUCCAUGUUAUUUGUCUUAAGAAUUUUAUUUUAAUCAAUUUGUCCAAAUCACUCCAGACGCAUUGGAUUCUUCUUGGACAAAUCGACGACCGGACAACCUUGAAAUAUAUAUAAGAGCUCAUUGUAUCAAUGCAUUUUUAUACGUAGUUUUUUCCGUUUUCACAGUGAUGUGUAUUGUAAACCUGUCAUUUAAAACCGAGAUUAUACAGAGAAAUAAAAUUGAUAUCUU